GAAAAUCUGAUUUGAUGUGAUUUUGUAUGGAUUUUAUUAAUAAAUGAAGCUUUACUUGAUUAUAAUUCUUUAACCGGCUAGGCUAGGUACUGAGCAAGCAGUAUAUAUAGGCCUUCAGCAAACUCCAUCAAACUUCAGAUUCCAACAAAACCAUGCAGGUUUUCUCCUUCCGACGUCAGUUCAUGAUCCUCACGGCCUGCUUCUCCCUUUGUUUGGUUGCUAAAGCUGAGUUUCAACGGUUUCAACUGCAAACAAACGUCGAAGACUCUCUGAAAUUCUUCGUUGUUGGAGACUGGGGCAGACGAGGACUCUACAAUCAAUCUCAAGUUGCAGCCCAGAUGGGAUUAGUUGCGAACAAAGAAAACAUAGACAUUGUCUUCUCCACCGGUGACAAUUUCUACGAAGAUGGUUUGAAAGGCGUAGAUGAUCCGGCUUUUAAAGAAUCAUUCUCCAACAUAUACAAUGCCCAAAGCUUACAGAAACCAUAUUGGUUCAAUGUAUUAGGUAACCAUGACUAUCGUGGUGACGUUCUAGCACAACUGAAUCCAGUCCUCAAAGGAAUUGACAGUAGAUGGUUUUGCUAUAGAUCAUUCCAUAUCGGUUAUGCAGAUUUCCUGGAAAUUUUCUCUGUCGACACGACGCCAUUCGUAGAUGACUACUUCACAGAUCCAAAGGAGCAUGUCUAUGACUGGAGAGGUGUGCUUCCUCGAGAGAAUUACCUUUCAAAUGUCUUGAAGGACCUGGAUAAUGCACUGAAAAAUUCCUCUGCAAAAUGGAAAAUUGUGAUCGGUCACCAUACAAUUAGAAGCGCAGGACAUCAUGGUAACACUGUUGAGCUUGUAACCAAACUUCUUCCAGUCCUUAAGGCAAACAAUAUAGAUUUUUAUAUGAACGGACAUGACCAUUGCUUGCAGCACAUCAGUGAUCCUGACAGUAAAAUUGAGUUUUUUACCAGUGGAGGUGGCUCCAAGGCAUGGAGAGGUGAUAUAAAGCCCUGGGAUCCGAAAGAAUUGAAGCUGUACUACGACGGCCAAGGUUUUUUAUCAGCAAAAAUAAAUAAAACCACUGCUGAUAUACAAUUUUACGAUGUCUCUGGCAAUGUUUUGCACAAUUGGAGCAAAUCCAAGGACCUAGACUCAGUCACGCAUAGAAAGUUUAUCUAUGCUUAAAAGAAGGAGUAUAUAAAGGAAAAGCACAUUACUGUGCUAGGCAACAUCAUUAUAUGAAUAAGUAGGGAUAGCUUUUUUUUCAUCAAAUUAUGAAUUUUCAUCAACUAAAGAUUUGAUGUGUAUCCUUAUAGUGUAUUACUUAUGGAUUACAAAUCUACUUAUGGAUUACAAUUCAGCAGUAGUGUAUUACUUUU